CUACAGUGAUAAUUAACUGUAGCUGCAGUUGGUUCAGUUUGCUGGUCUAUCUGACCGUGGUUUGGUUUCAACAGAAUCCCUCAUUUUUCCACUUCUUAAUCAGCGUUUGAACACUGCUCAAUUCCUUGGAUAUCUUUUUAUACCCCUUUCCUGUUUUAUGCAGUUCAAUUACCUUUUCUCGCAGAUCCUUUGACAAUUCCUUUGCUGUUCCCCAUGACUCAGAAUCCAGAAACAUGCAUGAAAGAUGCAACGGUCUGUCGGAAGCCCAGAAACUCACUGACCUUUUAUACACACACACACAAAUUACAAACAAACAGGUCACAGGUGAGCAUGGGAACCUUGAUUAGCCAUUCAAACCUGUUUGUGUCAACUUUUGUGCAUGUUAUCAGGUCAAAGUCACUGAGGUAUGUAAACUUUUGAUCAGGGUCAUUUGGGUACUUUCUUUUGUCAUUUUGAUUUAAAAAGAGUAAACACAGCUGUUUGCCAAUAAAUAGCUUCACCCAACCAUUAACCAUGAGUAGAAGAAAGGUUUUUGUGUUAUCAUUCAUAUUCUCUGAACAAUGGCCAAGAAAUCAUAAAUUCUCCCAGGGUAUGUAAACUUAUGAGCACAAGUGUAUAUAACAGGCUUCCAUAGAAUAGCAGAAAGUCAGGGAAUCAGUUCUUGAAGAUGUCUGUAUACUGUACAGUACAUUUCUUUCAUAAGACCUCACUGUUCAAAAUUUGAGAACCUCAGUUUUAUAUUAUUUUGAUUUCAGGCCUAUAUUAUUUAGACAAUAUUUGUUAUUUGAUUACAUGAGACCAUUCUGAAUCAUUCACUCAUGUCCCUCAUGUGAAGUAUAAUGUUUAUCCAUAUAAAUACAAUAAAUAGUAAACAGGACGAUUCCGAACACUCAAAAAAAUGACCAUGUUUUGAAAUACCAGAACAAAACAAACCAGUCAAAAGAAAGGUAAACAAAAGCACAGACACUGCUGGAGGCUGUGGGGAGCACAGUUCUUCUCUGGACCAUCUACCAUCAGCACAGAAUGGCAGAAAACAAAGCGGACUCGUGCGUCCUCGACGAUGUUGUUGUCAGCGAGGAGGAGAUGGAGAGAGCUCUGUGUGUUCUGAGUGGAAGCGACGCGCAAAACUGCUCCUAUUCCCGGGGUUAUGUGAAGAGACAGGCCGUGUUUGCCUGCAACACUUGCACUCCCAGUGCAGCAGAGCCUGCUGGGAUUUGUCUGGCCUGUGCCAAUAAAUGCCACGACGGACACGAUAUUUUUGAACUGUAUACGAAAAGAAACUUUCGCUGUGACUGUGGAAAUAGCAAGUUUGGGGAUUUCCAGUGCCAGCUGACAACUGCCAAAGACGCCGAAAACGCCAGAAAUCACUACAGUCACAACUUCAGGGGCCUCUACUGCACGUGUGACCGGCCGUACCCAGACGUAGACGACCGGGAGGAUGACGAAAUGAUCCAGUGUGUCAUCUGUGAGGACUGGUUUCAUAGCAGGCACCUGGGCUGCCCUGUAGUGGAACCUGAGGAGCUGCAAGAGAUGGUGUGUGAGGCGUGCAUGAACAGGACUCCCUCCUUAUGGACAUACGCUGCUCACUUUGCAGUGCCACCAGUUAUCAGCGUCAGUCGUCCAGAGAAGGAGGUGGAGGUGGAGGAGGAGGAACAGGGUGAAACGGAAGAAGCCCAUGAGUGCAGUCAGAGUGCGGAUGAGGAACCGUCAACCAGUGAUGCAAAGCGGGAGGAAGUGGCGGACCGGAGUUCACCUUGUAAACGGACCCACGAGCAAAUGACGGGUGGCGCCGCCGGCGCCGCCGCCGCGAAGGCCGUGAGCAAGAGUGUGGCCUGCAGGCUAAAGGAGCUCCAGGUCCAGGGACUUAAGAGGCCAAGACAGGGAGCAGUGUUCUGGCCUUACAGCUGGCGCUCUGAGCUUUGCACCUGCACAAACUGCAAGAGGACGUACGUGGCCGCCGAGGUGCAGUUUCUUAUGGAUCAGUCCGACACCAUUCUGGCCUACGAGAAUAAAGGUUUGGAAGAGCCAUUUGGGCAGCACCCACUCGUGGCACUGAUGAGCUCCAUGGACCGCGUGCAGCAGCUGGAGAUCAUUUACGGUUUCAACGAGCUGACAACUUCAAUUUAUGCCCUCAUUGAUCAGUGUGCUGCUGAAGGAAAGACAAUCACAUAUGAAGCGGUCCAUCAGUUCUUCGAGGAACUGCGCGCCAGAAAAAGAAGCAGAAUGAAUGCUGGGUACCAGUAACGGGGAGGCCACGCUGCUGCCAUCAUAUGCAAGGUUCAUGUGGUGCUUACAAAUGAAUGUGCCAUAUGCAAGAUGACUCUUAGAACAGGGGGCUUUUUGCUGCAACUUCUUGAACUUGAAUAAUUAGCACAAAGGGAACUGGAAAAAAAAAAAAGAUACUUCUAGCUCUCUUUACUGGAGGGUAAGGAUUUUGAGUUUUGUUGCAGGUUUUUGAGGUCCAUGAACGGUGAUGCCUUAAACUUGUUUAUGAUGAAAAUGUGCAUCGAUAUAUCUUUAGGAACUAAAGCAAUGUUGUUUCUGCAAUAUGCUUUAAAUAGUCUUGCUAUGACACUGUUCAUUUUUGUGAACAUGUUCAGCCAUUUUGACUGGGAUAUUUACUGUAUGUGUAUAUAUACACCAGUGUGUGUGUUUACAUUGAAUGUUUUCCGACGGUUGACAGACUUGAUUGUAAAAACGAUGGGAGCUUAAUUUUGUGUGUUGUGAACUCAUAAUUCCUAAUAAAGUUACCACAUCUGCAGUGCACAAACUA